AUGUACCUCUUAAGCUCGCUGUUUGGCGUUAGUGCACUGCUACCACCAGGCCUCUUCCGACCACAGGCCAAUAUUCCAAAUUUCUUGUUUCGAGCAGGCUUCGCAGCGAUAUAUGGUGGAGCUGGUUAUGUCUUGGCCACCGGGGACACGCGGAACGGGAGUGGUAUCUCGACAGCGUGGUGUCUCGCAUACCUGAUGCUCAAUGCUCGCAAAACACUGACGGCACCGAGGCACCCGCUUGGUCUUCUGCUUACAGGUAGUGUCGCAGCGUGCACUGCUCUCUACGGAACCGAAUACUUUGUGUAUCAAGACUAA